UUUUGAUUUUGGGUAAACAAGCAAGCCGUUUAUAGUCGUACAAAAUUAGCGAAGACGCAACGUGAGCGCCAAAAUUAGCAAAGUCCCGCCGCCGCCCCGCAACGGAAACCCGCGCGGCCGACCCCAGCUCCGCCGCCUCCGCUCGUCCGCUCAUCCGCCGUCUUCCGCUCCUCCACUGCAUGGCCCGUCCGUCCACCCUCCGCCCCAGCACCUCGGCUCCUCCACCCUCCGGCCCCACGCGCUCGGCUGCUCCGCUCGUCCAGCCUUCGGCCCCACGCGCACCGCGGCCGCCGUAUCUCCCGUCGUUCAUCUGGCCAUCCACAACGGUGAUGCGGAGCACGUGGUGCGUCUUGAAGGUGAAGGCAGUUCCAUCUCUGGCGUCACGGUGAGGGAAUGCCACAACGUGGUGGACGCCACCGCCGUGGUGCUCCCGUUGCGGCCCGGGUCUGGACGCCUAAGCUUCUUCUUCCUUUGCUGGUAAGCUGCCUCCAAGGCCACUUCUAGAGGAAUUGGGCAAGGUGCUUCGUGCCUGGCUGCUAUGGUGCAAUUAUUGUUGUGAACUGUGCGUAUCUGUUUCAUGUUAGUCCUAAUUUUCUGUCUUUUGAAAAACUGCAUGUGAACAAAAUAUAAUGUUUGUGGUUUUGUUUCCGAAGGGAGCUCUAUAGCAGUGGACUUGUAGCAAAGUUUUGAAGUUAAUCCAUAUCCUUGUAAUCUGGUAGAAGUGAUUAGUCAGAGUAGUGUUUUGUCAAUCUAUUUUGAACCCAAAUCUGAAUAUUAAGGCAUGUAGCUGAUAGGUUAUGAACAAAAGAGAACUACUGAUAAAUUUUUCUGUACAACUUGUGGUCAUUGUUAGUGGUGCUGACUUGAGAACUAUUACAAGUACUUGUUCCUUCUCAUCUGUGAUCUCUUGUUGGAAACAAAUAACAUCACAUACUGCUGUCUUGCAAGCACACUCUUCUGACCAAUUUUGGGUUCUGCUGUAUCACUGAAACAAUGAGUAUAGGCUGCAGGCACAAGAGUUGGUUGGCUGGUUCAGCAUUAUUUGGUACCAGUGAAGCUGAUGCAUCUUAAUUGGUUCUGACCACAUGUUUGGUAGCAGAAGCACUAUCAAAUGCUUCUUGCCAUUCAUAGUGUGUAAGAUUAUGAUUUUGUCUUACAUAUUUUUUUCAGUGGACUACGGAGGAUCUGAGACGUGCAGAAGCACCAACAUUGAUUGGAUUUGGGGAACAGGAUACUGUCAAACAUUAGAAGGUUUGGUUCGAGCAGUGGAGUUGCCCAUAUGUUGUGCGGAGGAGCACUGGUGAAGCCUAAGAACCCUUAUGUCGAUGGGCGUGGUCUCGAGGGAGGUGUUGCCAGCAUGCGAGAAGCUCUGCUUCAUUUGCCCAUCCCUGCGGACGAGGUCCCGCCAUCCGGUGAAGCGCUACAAGAAGUUGCUUGCAGAAAUCUUCCCUCGGACACAGGAUGAAGGACCAAAUGAUCGCAAGAUAGGGAAACUGUGUGAAUAUAUUUCAAGGAAUCCUAUGCGUGUUCCAAAGAUUACAGUUUACUUAGAGCAAAAAUGCUACAAGGAAUUUAGGGCUGAGCGCUAUGGUUCAGUGAAAGUUGUUAUGGCAAUCUAUCGAAAGGUGAUAUGUUCUUGUCAGGAGCAAUUGCCACUUUUUGCCAACAGCUUGCUAACAAUUGUAGAGACAUUAUUGGAGCAAAAUAGACAGGAUGACUUGCGGAAAUUAGCAUGUCAAACACUUUUUGACUUUAUAAAUCAUCAGGUUGACAGUACUUACAUGUUCAAUUUAGAAAACCAGAUUCCUAAACUAUGUCAUCUGGCCCAAGAGAUGGGUGAAAAGGAGAAGAUAUGCAUUCUUCAUGCAGCUGGGCUACAAGCUCUUUCAUCUAUGAUUUGGUUUAUGGGUGAGUACUCCCACAUGUCAGCAGAGCUUGAUAAUGUUGUUUCUGCAGUUCUGGAAAAUUAUGAGAGCCCAUACGCAAAUGCUGAUAAUGAUGCCGCUGUUGAGGAUAGACGAAUUCAAUGGGUGAAUGAAGUGCUCAAAGCUGAAGGUCAUGAACCUCCUGCUGUUACCAUUUUGACAAGGGUUCCUUCAUGGAAAGUUAUUAGAACUGUUCACGGUGAAUUAAGUUUGACAAUAGAAGAAUCAACAAGUCCAAAUUUUUGGUCAGGGAUUUGUCUACAUAACCUUGCUAGAAUAUCCAGGGGAGGAACAACAGUGCGACGAGUUCUGGAAGCUAUAUUUCGUUAUUUUGAUAAUAACAAUCUAUGGUCACCUUCUAAAGGAUUUGCACUGUGUGUCCUGCUGGAUAUGCAGAUUGUGAUGGAGAAAUCUGGACAGAAUGCUCAUAUAUUGUUGUCUAUGUUAGUCAAGCAUCUUGAACACAAGAAUGUAUUGAAACAACCAGAUAUGAAUCUAGAUAUCAUUGAAGUUACUUCACGCCUUGCUGAACACUCCAAAGCUCAGUCUUCUACAGCACUGAUGGCUUCAAUAAGUGAUAUGGUCAGGCAUAUGGCUAAAAGCAUGCAAUCCUUGGCCACUGAUGCAGAUCCUGGAGACAGCAUGGUCAAAUGGAAUAGCAGAUAUGGGAAAGCUGUAGAUGAAUGUCUUGUUCAGUUGUCUAGAAAGGUCGGUGAUGCUGGACCUAUCCUUGAUACAUUAGCUGUAGUACUGGAAAAUAUUUCAAGUUCUAUGAUUGUUGCACGGUCUACUAUUUCUGCAGCAUAUCGCACUGCUCAAAUAGUUGCAUCAUUGCCAAACUUGUCACAUCAGAGCAAAGCAUUUCCUGAGGCGUUGUUUCAUCAACUGCUUUUAGCAAUGGUCUAUCCAGAUUGUGAGACACAUUUAGGAGCACAUCGGAUUUUCUCUGUUGUUCUUGUUCCCUCUUCUGUCGCUCCAUGCUCAUUUGCAGGCACAUCACAGACAAGGAAGAUUGAUCUCCGAAGGACAUUAUCUAGAACAACAUCGGUGUUUUCAUCUUCUGCUGCUUUGUUUGGGAAACUUAAAAGAGACAUGCUUUCAUUUCGUGAAAGUCCGCUCCAGGAUAACACAAAGCUACUGCCCAUCAGUGAGAGUGCAGAUGAGAUCAGUGCAAAUGAUGCAGAGAAUGCAGAUGAGAUCAGUGCAAAUGAUGCAAAAUUAUUCAAGUCACAUACUAUUCAAAGGAUGGCUAGUACAAAAGAUAUUUCUCUUCCCUCUUCCACAGAUACAAGUACUUCAAGUGAACCAACUCCAAAUCAGGAAAAGGAUGCUGUCACCCUCAUGCUCAGUGUUCGUCAGGCAAAUCUUCUUCUUUCCUCCUUAUGGACUCAGGCACUGUUGCCUGAAAAUGUUCCGCGGAAUUAUGAAGCAAUUUCUCAUACUUACAGCUUGAUGCUAUUGUUUUCUAGAGCCAAGGGCUCAGGUGCCGAAGUUUUGGUUGGUAGCUUUCAGCUUGCCUUUUCAUUAAGAAGUGUUUCGUUACAAGCAGGUUUUCUUCCACCUUCACGCAGGCGUUCUCUUUUUACUUUGGCAACUUCAAUGCUCGUGUUUUUCUCGAAAGCUUUUAGCAUUCCAGCGCUCAUUCCAGUUGUGAAGCAUGUGUUGACAGAAAGUACAGUUGAUCCAUUUCUUUGUUUAAUAGAAGACUGCAGAUUGCAGGCUCUUGAUAGUGCUGCUGAGCCUUGCACGAAACUCUAUGGUUCAAAAGAAGAUGACGAUCUAGCUCUGAAAUCACUCUCCAACAUUGACAUAAAUGAAGAUCAGUCAAAAGAAACAUCAGUGUCUCUUAUACUUGACAGCUUGGAACAUCUGUCAGAGUCAGAAUUGUCGACUAUUAGAAAACAGCUGCUUGAGGAAUUUUCAGCAGAUGACAUCUGUAUGGGAUCUCAUUUUACUGAAACACCUUCGAAGUCUCCAGCACAAAAUGGAAAACUGCACCAAAAGUCUAUGGAGGUUAUUCCAUUGGGAUUUGUUUUUGAAGAUGAUACUCUCGUUGAAGCAUCUGACAGCUUAGUAGAACCACACUUGCGACAUCCGCCAUGUAACAGCAUUCUUGAUGUUGACCGGCUUCUUAAUUCAGUUUCGGAAACAUCUCAGCAUGUUGGAAGGUUGUCAGUUUCAACAAAUAAGGAUCUGCCUUUCAAGGAGGUAGCCAACCAAUGUGAAGCACUUCUGAUUGGGAAGCAGCAAAAGCUAUCUGUCUGCAUGAGUGUCCGUGGAAAAGAGGAUGGUGAAUCAUCCAUUGAGCAGUCAUCUCCGCAGGAUCCUCAAGCAGAUACGUUUCUCUGCACAGCUGAUGAACAAUGGCACCCCAAUUCCUGCAAGCUCCCAGUGCUGUGUCCCUAUGACCAGUUCCUUGCAACGUCUGGAUGCUAAGAUGAUCUCUUCUGGGAUGUGGACCUCUAUGACAAGAAUGUGUUCAGUGGACACCUAAAAAUUGGCGGUUCCAGCUCAUGCAUGCUAAAAUAGGUGCCCUUAACAGAUGUCCAUCGGGGCAAAGGUUCCUUGGAGACUCAGAUGAGUCAUGUUUGCGUGCCAGAUGACAUGAUCUCCCUCAUUCGUAAAUGGUUCUCUCAUUUGUAAAUGGUUCUCGUCUACCAUGGGAAAUAUAGGGGGGUUGCAUCAUUGAGUUUAUUUCAUUGUUUCACUCAUGCUUUGUACUAACUAUUAUUACUUUAUUAGCUUGUGAUGGAUGAUGUGGUAGAGAAUAUUAUUACU